CCUAUUCAUUUAGCUACUGACCGAGUCUUCGUUUUGCAGGAUGGCUAAACCUUAUGUGCGACAUGUGGAGCUGUUAGGCUUUGAGAAAAGGUUCUAUCCCAGUCAGCACUAUGUGUACAUGCUUUUGGUUAAAUGGAGCGAUCAAUCAGAAAAGCUGGUUUACAGAGUGUAUCCAGAAAUCCACACAUUCCAUAAAGCAUUAAAGGAAAUGUUCCCUAUUGAAGCAGGAGAGAUCGAUGCGAAAGACAGAAUCAUUCCUACAUUACCAGCUCCAAAAUGGCUAGACAACCAAAAAACAACCGAGACAAGGCAGGUGACUCUUGCUGAAUAUUUUCGCUCUCUGCUCAACCUGCCUGCAAAGAUCUCCCGCUGUCAGUUGGUAUGUGACUUCUUCAAAAUGCGGUCUGAAGAUGAAUCUCCGCCGGCCCCCCACCCAUUCAAAAGAAACGAGACUUUUAUUAUGUCCACCAGUAGAUCAAGGAGCAACACUUCAUCAGAAAUCACAGGGCCUAUCAUGCUUGAGAGUUACAGAGUGAUUGCAGACUACGGCAAGAGCUCAAAGUAUGAGCUCACUCUGAAGGCAGGAGACAUGGUGGACAUCGUGGAGAAAAGUCCAAAUGGCUGGUGGUUCUGUCAGUGUGAGUCCAGGAGAGGUUGGGUACCGGCUUCAUACUUGGAACCACUGGAUGGAGCAGAUGAAUCAGAGGAACCAGAGCCUAACUAUGCAGGAGAGCUUUACAAAACCACCAGAGGGUAUAAAGCUGUCGAAGAGGAUGAGUUAACUCUCGAGGCGGGAGAGACUAUUGAAGUUAUCCAUAAGCUUCUGGAUGGGUGGUGGGUGGUCAGGAAAGGAGAAGAUACAGGCCACUACCCAUCCAUGUUCCUCUGCAGGACGGGUGAGAAGAAAGAGGUGGAUGCUGAAAAGGAUGUUGUCAAAAGAUCCACACCACCACCCAGAAGAUCGACCAUUCGCAACGUCCAGAGCAUUCAUCCUAAGGGACGUCAGAGGAUCAGUCAGGACAGUUAUCGCAGACAGAGCCGGCGAUUCUUACAGCAGCGAGGGAGACUAAACUCCCAAUCUAAAAAUGUGACACGAUCACCAUUACAAGAGAGGAAGCCAAACAGAGAGAACAUUGUAAACUCAAGCUCCUCCAAAACAGAAGAUCUGGAUAAGAGUAUUCCAGUCAUUCCUCCCCGGCCCAGUCCUCAGCUCAUUCUGGAGCGCUGUACUGAGAACACAUGCAAGAGAGUCAGCGUACAUGAAGCCAGCUGAUCUGCAUUCAACAACUGUGUGAAAACUUUACUUAAAUCUCUGUUUAAAUUUGAUUUGAGCAGUUUUUUUCAGGCAUUCAGACGCUUGUGCACACAAGCGCUCUGCUCUGUUCAUUCCUGCUUAGCCCAGAACCUGUUAUAAGCUAUGCAUGUUGGAUGUUAUACAUAUAAUAUCAGUAUGUCUGUAUGUCUAUAUGUCUAUCAAAAAUGUACUAUGUAAACUAGCAAUGUAGUACUAUGUAAGCAUUUUAUUUUCAAUUUUAAUGAAACUUAUUUUUGAUGUUGUUAAGCAGUGAAUAAUAAAGACAAUGCACAAAACA